CACAAGACAAUACCAUCAGCUACAGAAGAUAACUCCUUCUCCCUCUCCCUCUCCCUCUCUCACCAACCAAAAUGGCGGCUGCAAUUACCGGUCUAGCUGUCUCCUCUCCCUCAUUAUUGACUCAAGCUAUCGUCUCCGAUCGCCGCUUCAGGAGGCGCUCUGCCUCCGUCGUUCGGAUGACUUUGGUUGGGGAGGAGAAGAAAACUUUCACUCUCACCAAAUCCGAAGAGGCUUUCAAGGCCGCCAAGGAAUUGAUGCCUGGAGGUGUAAAUUCACCUGUACGUGCUUUCAAAUCAGUUGGGGGUCAACCAAUUAUUAUUGAUUCUGUCAAGGGCUCUCAUAUGUGGGAUAUUGAUGGUAAUGAGUACAUUGACUACGUUGGAUCAUGGGGGCCAGCCAUUAUUGGUCAUGCGGAUGAUGAGGUACUUGCUGCCUUGGCUGAAACAAUGAAGAAAGGAACCAGCUUUGGGGCACCCUGUCUUCUAGAAAAUGUCCUGGCAGAAAUGGUAAUCUCGGCUGUUCCAAGUAUUGAAAUGGUUCGUUUUGUCAACUCUGGCACGGAAGCCUGCAUGGGUGUUCUUCGAUUGGCUCGUGCUUUUACUGGCCGAGAAAAGAUCAUUAAGUUUGAAGGCUGUUACCACGGCCAUGCUGAUCCAUUCCUUGUUAAGGCUGGAAGUGGAGUUGCUACUUUGGGGCUUCCAGAUUCCCCUGGAGUUCCUAAGGCAGCUACCUAUACGACACUGACAUCCCCUUAUAACGACAUUUCUACUGUUGAAAGCCUUUUCGAGGCAAACAAAGGAGAAAUUGCUGCUAUCAUCCUUGAACCGGUAGUAGGGAACGCUGGUUUCAUUCCACCAACACCUGAGUUCCUCAGUUUCAUCCGCAAGGUUACCAAGGACAAUGGUGCUCUGCUCAUUUUUGACGAAGUUAUGACUGGUUUCCGUCUAUCUUAUGGCGGUGCUCAGGAGUAUUUUGGAAUGACUCCUGAUUUGACAACUCUUGGAAAGAUUAUUGGUGGCGGUCUGCCAGUUGGUGCAUACGGAGGAAGGAGGGAGAUAAUGGAGCUGGUUGCUCCAGCUGGACCAAUGUAUCAAGCUGGCACACUAAGUGGAAACCCAUUGGCAAUGACUGCUGGGAUUCACACGCUUAAGAGGCUAAAACAACCAGGUACGUACGAAUACUUGAACAAGAUCACUGGUGAACUUGUACAAGGCAUUGUGGAUGCUGGGAAGAAAGCUGGUCAUGCAAUAAGCGGCGGAUAUAUAAAUGGAAUGUUUGGUUUCUUCUUCACCGAUGGCCCAGUUUACAAUUUUGAGGAUGCCAAGAAAAGCGACACUGCAAAAUUUGGCAAGUUCUACCGAGCAAUGCUGGAGGAAGGCGUGUAUUUCGCACCUUCUCAAUUUGAGGCUGGUUUUACGAGCUUGGCACAUACUCCUGAGGAUAUUCAACAGACGAUCGCUGCAGCUGACAAGAUUUUUAAGACGCUUUAGGUCUAUCUUAUUUAAGGGUGUUUGUAGCAUGCUUUUGUAAUGUAGAAUUUUGGUGUGUGGAGAGUUGAGUGGAGUUCGGAUUGUAGAUGUUCCAUAACUAAAGCCUGUGUACCUUUUAUUGUCCUCACUUCUGCUUGAUGGAUUUCGGUUCAGCACUUCAUAAUUUUUAAA